AUGGACCACUUAAGACCUACUAAGGGAAGACGAAGGGGACUUUCCAUCAACAGUAUAACGGAGAAUCAACAACAUGCCAUGAAUUCAUCAAUUGAUAAUUUACAAAACGAUCUAAGUUUGAUUGAAACACAAUGGAACAGAAUUCUAUCCGAAAAGACAAACCCAUUAGAAUUAGCUUUGGCAUUUCUCGAUGAUACUUCAGUUGGAUUAGGUCAUCGUUAUAAGGAAUUUAAUCAAUUGAAGGAAAAUAUUGGCAAUCAUUUACAAGAAGUAGUUAAUGAACAUAGUCAAGUGUUUAAUGCUAAUGUUGCCUCCUAUGGUAAAACUGUAUCAUCAAUUACUGAAACUCAAGAGAAUACUUCUCUUGUGAAGAAAAAUUUCAAAUUAGUCAAUGAUAACAUUAUUAUGCAAAAGGGUACAUUGAAGGAAUUAAAUGAAGCAAAUAUGAACUAUAAUAAUAUUAUUAACUCUUUAUCUUUUGUGGAAGAAGUCCUACAGAUUCCUGAGAUUAUUGAAGAUCAUCUUAGAAAUGACGAAUAUAAGGAUGUCCAAAAACUAUUAGAACGUGGAUUUUUAUUAUUAAACAAUCAUGAUUUAAAGAAUUUGAAACCUUUGAAACCAAUCACACAACAAUUAGAAAUGCAAGAACAUGUCUUUUUUAAUAAUCUAAUUGAUGAAAUACAUGAUAUUGUUUAUUCAAAGAAAAAUAAUCAUACUGAUCUUGAUAUUGAUAUCCUGAAAAUCGUUAAUAUUAAUCAAAAUGGAUUCACUAGUUUGGAAAGCUAUCUUUAUAAUAUUGCUAAUAUUGAUAUAGUGAAACAUUCUUCCGAUAUUAACGGUAAACUUAUCAAAUUUAUCAAAUGUAUCCACAAAGAAAACGGUACUACCGCUGCAACUAAAAAGAAGAAAAUUCUUGCUAGUGAUGAUGAAAAUGAGCAUGAAACAACUAACGAAAAGGAAAAUAUUACUAAUAAUAAUGUAGUUUUAUCAACAGAUAGAUCCCAAUGCUCAGAUUAUUUGAGAAUAUUCUACUUACUAUCAUUAAUUCAAGAUAUCAACAAAUUACCAACAGCAUGUUCUAUACUAGUCGACAGAGCUAGAAAGGAAAUUCAUUCCAUUAUUCUGAAAAGUACAGAAAAAGUGAGAAGAACUCAUCCAACAUUACUGAAGUUAGCUGCAGGAAUUCCUAUUGACAGUAAUUUUGGAUUAUCUGUUAAUGAUUUAUUAUCCGUGAUAAUGAGAGAAUGUUUCUGGAAUAUCUUCAUUAAAUUAUUAUUGGCUAUCCAAGCUCAUCGUGCAAUUCUUGAAUCAAUUAAAGUCUUACAACCUUCAACGUCUAUGAAUUUAACUUAUAAUAUUAAUAACAUAUGGAAUAAGUUAUUAGAUGAAGUUUCAACGUUAUUAUCAAGAUAUUUAAAUAAUCCUUCAUUAUUAGUAACUAGUAACAACUACAAAAAUAGAUUAGCCCCCGCAGUACCAAAAAGAAAGAAUGAAUUGAUCUUUUCUCUACAAAACAAUAUUGAAGAUAGCACUGAAGCUAAAAACCAAGCUGGUGAAUUAAAGGCAUUAUUGAAAGAUAUUUUCCCUGGCUUCACCGUGGCAACAAAUAUGGAUUUGGAAACCAUAUAUGUUAAAGAUGAAUCGUUCGAACAAGAAGAAACAUUAUUACCACCUUCGAUUUUCAACCUCAAAUUUAUCUUAGAACCUUUCUUAUUAUUUAGUAAGGCUUCUUCAAAUUUUAUUUCAGUUAAUGAUGAUAACAUCAACAAAAAUAAGAUCAAUUCAACUCUUAUUACACCGAUGGAAUUCUUUGAGAAUUACAUGAGUAAACAAUUUUACCCAAAGAUAGAAUUAACAUUGAAUGCACUUUUCACAAUGCGAGUUGAAUCAAAUAAUCCAUAUGCAUUAGAAAAUAUUGAAGAGAAUCGCAACAUCUUCAAAGCUGCUGCAGACUUUCAACAAUUGUUUUACAAUAUUUUACAAGCAGCAAACACAACUAAUAUAUUAAGGAAGAAAAUAAUGAAUGCUAUCCUUGAUCUUCUGAAUAAAUUUUAUGAUUAUUAUGCACAACUCCUAUCGAAAUUAAUAGGGCCCACUGAUAUAAAAGUCAAUAGGAAAAUCUUCAAUUUGUGGUUCAAUGAUGAGAAACUAAUGAAUAUUGAAAGGAAAAUCUUAAUAGAUAAUGAUGAAACUGUCUUUGUGGAAGAAUCUUACGAACUGUUCAAAUUUAUUAUCGAACAAUUUUCCAAGAAUGGUGGCGGUCUUACAAAGGAACAUAUUUUCAACAAUAUUACAUUAGAAACCAUCAUAUAUUUCUUAAAUACCAUAUUUUGGAUUAACAGUUGGCUUCCUGGUUUGAAAAAAGUGAUCGACAACACUAAUAAUGAUGAUGACAAAGGUGAAUCAAAAAAAUCUGAUUUAGGAAUUGAUUCUAUACGGAAUGAUUGGUCAUUUUUUGAGACGUUCAAUUUAAAUAAAUCGACUACGGAGGAACAUUUAAGGAUCUUACUUGAUAAAGAAAUGGGCGCAAAAUUUGAUAAAGCCAUCGACGGGUUUGAAUCUUUACAAUUAAAACUACUGUCUUUACUAAGAUUUGAUAUUAGAGCAAGAAAUAUUUAUCAAAUUGGUAAGCUAUUUCAAAAUAUUAAACUAUGGAAUUUAUCUGUAGGUAGUACAGAGGUGGACCAAAAUAUAACAUCUUUAAUCUCCGAAUUACGUAUGAUUGAGAAUAAAUUAGAACAACAUUUACCAGCAAAUGAAAAGGAUCGUAUCUUCUCUGGUGUUGAUGUUACCAUAAAUAAUGCUUUCAUAAUAGGAGCGCAUUCGAUAUUGGUUUUGAAUAACAAUGGUGUGAAAAAGAUGUUGAAAAACAUUAACGUUAUUCAACAUACUUGUAGAAAUAUUUAUUCUGCUUCAUCUAAGAUGAGCAUGGCAGAUUCAAUACUGUAUUAUACACUAUGUGGAGCCGAUGAGAAAGAACUUUUUGAGAAUAUUGAAAGUGGGAAAUUACCAUUCUGCUCAGUAUCUGAUUUGAAAACAAUCCUAAGGCUGCAGUUCAGUGAAGAACUUUCUAAACAGGCUAAGAGAGCAAGUACUUCUUCAAUGAAGGGAAGUGUAAAACCUCUAACCAAGAGGUAUAAUGAUGCAAUGAAGAAACUAGAUUCAUUAAAGAAAUGA